AUGGCAACAGAAUCUCAUCUGAAUGAGAAUGAUAGCGUUCAUCCACUUUCUCGAGUUGCCAAUUCCAAAAUUGCAUCGGUGCUGGAUCAGUUGCCUACACUAGAUGAUGUCUUGCACCGACAAAGUCAACCACCUGUGUGUCUCUACAAUUAUUACAUUGUGCUUCGAGAUCGAUUGGAAUUGGAGAUCUUGCUUGAUUUCUGGUUGGAUGUGGCUCAAGCAAACAUUCUGUACAAACGAUACGUAAAAUAUGCCAACAAGAGAGCAAGCACCAAGUUUUCAUCGCCAAAACUGCCAAAGCCAUCUAUACCAUCCAACAUCUUGGACUGCCAUCAGCGACAGAGCAACAAUAGUAACUCACAUGAUGUCCUAACACACAUGCUAUUACUCCAUCCUCGCGCUUCACUGGCAACUACCCUGUAUUCGACUACAACCAACGGCAGUCAACCUAAGCGGCCUCCACCCACACAAACAGAGAUGGCUGAAGCCGUUGAACGUAUUUAUCUUCGAUAUAUAGUGCCUAGUGCAGAAAAAGAGAUCAUACAGCUACCAGCAUCCAUCAAAGAAAGCAUUGGACACCAUUUCUAUGACAGCGAGAAGAAAGAUCCUUCUUUAUACACAGGACACCCUGAUAAUCCCAUCAUCUAUGCACAAGCAAAAGAAUAUGUGCAUCAGCUGCUUGAAUCGACGUUUCCUCUCUUUCUGCGCUACAAGGUGUUUAUGAACUUGACUCUACCUCAGCAAAUAGGUAGAUUAGCAUGUGGCCUCGUUCUUUUACUCGUAGGCUUUUCACUAGAAUUCUCCUUGAUCUUCUUGAAUAUUCAUCCCUGGCAGAAACGAUUAUGGGGAAUAUUGCCUAUUAUCUUGGGUGUGUUUUGUGUGAUUACCUCGAUAGCUGGUAUUGAUCCAGUCUGGGUGCUUGGAUUCAAUCUAAGUGAAACUGUUCCCUUUCAGUUCAAUCAUAUCGUGCAUCGUCGAGUAAGGGUCAUUUUGAGAAGAAGAUCCAUCAUGGUAUCAGCCAUUAUCUUAUUCACCACGCUCGUCUUCAUGAUCUUCUUUUGUACUGUUGCCGGAAAACGACUCUAA